AUGUCUACUGACCUCCGGGUAGGAAAAAAAUACCGUCUCGGCCGCAAAAUCGGCUCAGGCUCUUUUGGAGACAUUUACCUUGGUACAAACAUCAUUUCAGGCGAAGAAGUGGCUAUCAAACUAGAGUCUAUCCGCGCUCGUCACCCCCAGCUAGAAUACGAGGCAAGAGUGUACAAAGCUCUUGUCGGAGGUGUCGGUAUCCCCUUUGUUCGCUGGUACGGCUCAGAGUGCGACUAUAAUGCCCUGGUCAUUGACCUUUUGGGUCCUUCCCUAGAGGACCUCUUCAACUUUUGUAACCGAAAGUUUUCUUACAAGACGGUUCUUCUUCUUGCAGACCAGCUCAUUUGCCGUCUCGAAUUUAUCCAUGCAAAGUCUUUUAUUCACAGAGACAUUAAGCCAGACAAUUUCUUAAUGGGCCUCAACCGCAGAGGCAACCAAGUCAAUGUUAUUGACUUUGGUCUCGCUAAAAAAUUUAGAGAUCCAAGAACCCAUAUCCACAUUCCAUACAGAGAACACAAAAACCUUACCGGUACUGCUCGUUACGCUUCUGUUCAUACUCACCUCGGCAUUGAGCAAUCCAGACGCGAUGACAUUGAGUCCCUCACAUAUAUGCUUAUUUACUUUUGCCGCGGCUCUCUUCCUUGGCAAGGCCUCAAGGCCACAACAAAGAAGCAAAAGUACGACCGUAUUAUGGAAAAGAAAAUGUCCACUUCUUCAGACGUCCUCACUCGUGGCCUUCCAGUUGAAAUCUCUCUUUUCCUCAACUAUGCCCGUUCUCUUCGCUUUGACGAUCUCCCCGACUAUGUGUAUCUUCGCAGAUUAAUUCGCGAUCUUUUUAACCGAUCAAACUAUCGUUAUGAUUAUGUCUUUGAUUGGACCGUCCUGAGAUGGGAGUUGAGUAAAGAAAGAGAAGCUAAAAAGUUUAUCCAAGAACAAGAAGCUGCUAAAAAUGCAGCAAACAAUACCAAUAACACAAAAGCAAUCACUGCUGGUCCUUCUGGUACUCCUACUGCCCUUGGUGCCACUGCUGCUGGUACUGGUACUGGCGCUGGCGCUGCCUCUUCUAUUCCUCCUGCCGAGGCUGUUGUUCCACCAGCUUCAAAUAAAAAUACUACCUCAGCCGCUGUUCCUCAAGCAGAAAUUAACAACUACCUAGAAGAACAACGGUACCAACGUGACUAUUACCAAGACAUGGCUCCUGCAACAACAAACCAGACCGCCGCUCAAGCAUUGGCAUCUCAACCAGGAGCUUACAUUGCUAAUAAAUACCGUUACUAUGACAAGCGCUACAACCAGGUCUGGAUGACUACUGAUGAAAAGCAACUGGAAUUAUUGCGAAGCAAUGAUUUGAUACCAUAUGCAUCUCCUCGUCCAGGUGAGCCUGAUCACAAUAUUUACAGAUUUGUCCCGGAGUUGCCUGUGCGAGUUGUUGAUUUCCGCAACUUUGAUCAAGACAAGAAGCCUAUCAUUUAUUCGCCCCAGCGAAGAGAUGCUGCUGACUACAGACCCUUUGUUUUUCUUCCCAAAUAA